AUGGACGGAAAACAUGUUGUUAUUGAAGCACCAAUACUAAGUGGAAGUGAUUUUUAUAACUAUAAAGGCACAUUUUGCAUUGUACUAUUUGCUAUUGUAGAUCCUAACUAUAAUUUUAUUUACGUUAAUGUUGGUUGUCAAGGUCGUAUAUCGGACGGAGGAGUAUUUAAAAGUACUGGAUUCCAAAAGCUCAUGGAAAAUUCUACUUUGAACCUUCUAGAUAAAAGAGCGCUACCAGGUCGGGACAAAUUGAGCCCAUAUGUUUUCGUAGCUUAUGAUGCCGUUCCUCUUUCACCCAAUAUUAUAAUGAAACCCUAUAGCUGA